AUGUUUUCUCUCAAAUUGACUGGAAAAGUACCCUUUACUGAGGUCUUCUGCCACGGCUUGAUCCGCGACAGCGAGGCUCGAAAAAUGUCCAAGUCCAUGGGCAAUGUUGUUGACCCGCUCGAUAUUGUGGACGGUAUGGGCUUUGAAACUCUGCACGCAAAGCUGCUGCAAGGGAAUCUAACUGAAAGUGAGGUGAAAAAUGCCGGGAAAUACCAGAAAAGGGCUUUCCCCCAGUGCAUUCCUGAGAAUAUACGCUAG